CCAGGAGCUCCAAGGGAGAGGAGAGUGCGGAUCGCCGCCGCGAGAGAGUACAUCGGCAUCAUGUGGAUCCAGGUUCGAACUAUGGAUGGGAAGGAGACCCACACCGUGAACUCUCUGUCCAGGUUGACCAAGGUUCAGGAGCUAAGGAAAAAGAUUGAGGAAGUGUUUCACGUGGAACCCCAACUGCAGAGACUCUUUUACAGGGGCAAACAGAUGGAGGACGGCCACACACUCUUCGAUUAUGAUGUGCGCCUCAAUGACACAAUCCAGCUGCUUGUGCGCCAGAGUCUGGCACUGCCUCUCAGUACAAAAGAACGGGACUCGGAGCUCUCAGACUCGGACUCUGGCUAUGGUGUGGGUCACAGUGAAUCGGACAAGUCGUCCACGCAUGGUGAAGGGGCCGCUGAAUCGGAUGACAAGACUGUGUGGGAGGAUACGGACCUGGGGCUGUACAAGGUUAAUGAGUAUGUGGACGUGCGUGACAAUAUCUUCGGAGCAUGGUUCGAGGCCCAGGUGGUCCAGGUGCAGAAGAAAGCCCCAUCUGAGGAAGAGCCCUGCAGCUCCAGUGCCGUUAAGACCUCGGAGGACGACAUCAUGUACCACGUCAAGUACGAUGACUAUCCGGAGCAUGGAGUGGACGUUGUCAAAGCCAAGAAUGUCCGUGCUCGUGCUCGCACUGUGAUCCCAUGGGAGAGCCUGGAGGUGGGGCAGGUGGUCAUGGCCAACUAUAACGUGGACUACCCCAGGAAACGCGGCUUCUGGUAUGAUGUUGAGAUCUGUAGGAAGCGCCAAACCAGGACGGCACGGGAGCUAUACGGCAACAUCAGGCUCUUGAAUGAUUCUCAGCUCAACAACUGUCGGAUCAUAUUUGUGGAUGAAGUCUUGAUGAUUGAGCUCCCUAACGAGAGGAGCCCCUUGAUUGCUAGCCCCUCACAACCCCCUCCUGCCCUCCGGAACACAGGGAAGAGUGGCCCAUCCUGCCGGUUCUGCAAGGAUGAUGAAAACAAACCAUGUCGCAAGUGCGCCUGCCACGUGUGUGGUGGGCGUGAGGCUCCCGAGAAACAGCUGUUGUGUGAUGAGUGUGACAUGGCCUUCCACCUGUACUGCCUGAAGCCACCACUCACCUCUGUCCCCCCUGAGCCGGAGUGGUACUGCCCCAGCUGCCGCACUGACUCGAGCGAGGUGGUACAAGCAGGGGAGAAGCUGAAGGAGAGCAAGAAGAAGGCGAAGAUGGCUUCAGCCACUUCCUCCUCCCGGCGGGACUGGGGCAAGGGCAUGGCAUGUGUGGGCCGCACCACAGAGUGUACCAUUGUGCCCGCCAACCACUUUGGGCCCAUCCCUGGUGUCCCUGUGGGCACCAUGUGGCGCUUCAGAGUCCAGGUCAGCGAGUCUGGUGUGCAUCGGCCUCAUGUGGCAGGCAUCCAUGGCCGCAGCAACGACGGUGCCUACUCAUUGGUCCUGGCUGGUGGCUAUGAGGAUGAUGUGGACAAUGGCAAUUACUUCACAUACACAGGGAGUGGUGGCCGAGACCUCUCUGGCAACAAGCGUACAGCAGGCCAGUCCUCUGACCAGAAGCUCACUAAUAACAAUAGGGCUCUGGCACUCAAUUGCCACUCCCCAAUCAAUGAGAAAGGUGCGGAGGCUGAAGACUGGCGCCAAGGGAAGCCAGUGCGCGUGGUCCGGAACAUGAAGGGCGGGAAACACAGCAAGUACGCACCCGCAGAGGGCAACCGCUAUGACGGCAUCUACAAGGUGGUGAAGUACUGGCCAGAGAGAGGGAAAUCGGGCUUCCUCGUAUGGCGCUAUCUCCUUCGACGAGAUGACACAGAGCCUGAGCCCUGGACCCGGGAGGGCAAGGACCGCACUCGGCAGCUGGGGCUCACUAUGCAGUACCCUGAAGGCUACUUGGAGGCCUUGGCUAACAAGGAGAAGAACAGGAAGCGCCCGGCCAAGGCCUUGGAGCAGGGACCCUCAUCUUCCAAAACAGGCAAAAGCAAGCGGAAGUCCACAGGUCCAACCACCUCCAGCCCCCGUGUCUCUAAGAAGAGCAAGCUGGAGCCGUACGCACUAUCCGUGCAGCAGACCAACCUCAUCAAAGAGGACAAGGGCAAUGCCAAGCUGUGGGAUGAUGUGCUAAGUUCACUUCAAGAUGGGCCGUACCAGAUCUUCCUGAGCAAGGUGAAAGAGGCUUUCCAGUGCAUUUGCUGCCAGGAGCUGGUGUUCCGGCCAGUCACCACCGUGUGUCAGCACAAUGUCUGUAAGGACUGUCUGGACAGGUCCUUCCGGGCCCAGGUGUUCAGCUGCCCAGCCUGUCGCUACGAGCUGGACCACAGCUCCCCAACCCGGGUGAACCAGCCCUUGCAGACCAUCCUCAACCAGCUCUUCCCUGGAUAUGGCAGUGGCCGGUGAUGCCAAGACCCAGGCAGAGGGCUCAUGGUUCCAAGUUCAUAGUGUGUUUAGCUUGAAGGUGUUGUCCUUCCACAUCUGUCCCUGGCAACUCUUCUGUUCUGGUCACCAGUUAACCAGGCAGCUAUAGGAAUCCCAAGUUCUGGCUACCAGCUGGACUUCUGUUUUUCAUUCCUCUCCCCCCU